AUGGCUUCCCCGUUCUUUGCGAAUCUACUCGUUGAUGGUUCAAUAUUUGCUGAUGCAACAUCCAAUAGACUCCCGUUACGCGUGGCCAUUGAAUUACUCUCAAAUAGGGUUAGCCAGUUAUGUUGCUUCAUUCAAGACAACGGUUUGCAACCCCCACCGAUGAAAAAGGAAAAGGCCAAGGCUUUGGCGAACGUGCUGGAGUCCACCGGGCUUUCAAAAGUUACAACAAAGUCCCCGGAAGGAGUUAGCUCUCAGGGAUUACCCGGCCAGCUCGUUGAGUCAACGAACACAGAAACUGCGCAGCCUCUGGCGCCGUCAACAACGUCCCCUAAUGUGGGCUAUUCUAACAUGAUACAAACACCAACGGGGCAAGAGAUAACGGAGGAACACAGCCCAACAAGUAGCGUCUGCGACUGUAUUCGAAAUCAAAACACAAGAAACGGUGCCCCGGCGAGCACUCUUAAUGUUGACAAUUUUCCCGAUCCACCACUCGCUUCCUUUGGACAAACUAUUGAACAGACAAAUCCCAUAUUUGUUGAUGAUGAACCGCUGCUAGUUGACGAGUCUAGCAACACCGAAGGCAUUGAAGAUCUUAUCGACCAGUUGUCGGAUCGUGUCGGUACUUUGAGAAUUGGGCCGCGAGGCGAAACUCAAUUUUAUGGUCCUACAUCUACGUUUAAUUUAGUAGAUAUGCCGCUUUCACAGCAUUAUAUAGCGCAAAGUGUUUUAUGGAACAUCAAUUACGACAGUCUAGACCGGCUAGGGAUUAGUCAAGAGAUCCCCAUCGAUUUGGAAGAACAUCUCAUCAAUCUCUACUUCAGCUGGCAUAAUCCUGCUUGUCGUAUCGUUGACCGGAAAAGGUACGAGGCCGCAAAGGAAAGAUCUUAUAGUGAAAUGGAACAUAGUCCAUUUUACUCCGAAUCUCUGCGAAAUGCAAUGUGUGCUAUUGGUGCCGCUUUUGAGACACGGUAUCAUCCAACAUUUGUCACUUUCCCACGGUCGUUAAUGGAAUUCUUUGGUGACCGGGCUAAAGCCCUUCUGGAGACUGAGCUGGACCAUCCUUCUCUGGCGACCGUUCAGACGCUUGUCAUUCUCAGCAGUCAUGAAAUCGGAAGAAAGAGGGAUGCAAGGGGAUGGCUCUACAGUGGAAUGGCGAUUCGGCUGGCUUUUGAUCUAGCCUUGCAUAUCGACAUGUCUACCCAUAUUUCGAAAGGUAUUAUAUCCGCUGCUGAUGCGAGUCUGCGUCGACAAGUCUUUUGGGCCUCGUAUAUAAAUGACCAUUUGCUGGGAUUUUCUCUUGGAAGACCUUUUCGUAUCCAUGUGGAAGACGUGACUGUUGGUAAACCGAUCGAUCACAUCAAUCAAUUCGGACAGAAUACAUGGUUACCAUAUAUACUUCCAAGUCCCUUGGAUACCUCUUACAAUCAGGUUGAUUUCACCGAGGCUGUGAGUUACCAGCAUAUUACUCUCUGUGAGAUUAUGUCUUCAUGCGGCUACAUUCUCUAUGGGACUUCUGGCUUUUCCAAAAGCGAGUUACAGGAACUCAAUGCAAAUAUUGUUGCAGAUCUUCGGAACUGGAAAGCGUCGCUUCCACCGAAUCUGCAAAUCAAUAUGAACAACCGGGCGCCGUCAUACCUCCCACAUGUACUAUUACUUCACAUGCAAUUUCAUCAAAAUAUUAUAUAUGCCCACCGCCCAUGGAUGUCAAAAAGUUACCUCCAACCCAGUCCACCCCAAGGCCCAGGUUAUCUCCAUGCUCGAAACAUGUGCAUCAAAUCCGCUAUUGCAAUUGCCAAAAUUCUUGACUUGUACGAGGCUAGAUAUCCUCUCCGUCGAAUCCACAUUCAAGCAGUUUCAAUCACUUCUUCUGCUAUCCUGUUACUUCUCUUUGCAGCUGUGUCCGGGUAUCCCACGCGCAGACAUGAUGAUAUUGUGCUGUAUUUGAGCACCUGCUUGAGAGCACUCGAUGAAUUCGGCCUCUCCUGGGAGAGUGCAAAACGCGCUAAGGACUUUUUCGUACGACUGCAGCGCCAGUGGGAAAUGCGUACGCGAUCGUUCAAAUAUGCGCGACGAUCAGACAGCAACAACGGCGCACUGAAUAUACAGCGCCCUAGGAAAGAACCGCAGGAACAGCUAGAUGAUCCUGCAACGACAGCUUCCAACAACGACGAUGAUAUAUGUCCUACACGGUUGGAAGAAGCACAUACCGAUAUGAACGUGGAUGUCGACUUGGACUGGAUGCUCAUGUCAGAUAUGCCAGCCCUCCCGGAGAAUCGUGACACGGAUCUUUAUUGUUUGGUGCCGAACCAGCUGAUGCUUGAUUCGGAACGUCCGAAUGCAUAG